AUGGAGGCUGCUACUAGAGUGGUUAAGUAUUUGAAGGGUACAGUUGGUCAGGGUAUUUGGCUGCAUUCUGAACCUACCAACAUACUCACAUGUUGGUGUGAUUCUGAAUGGGCUGCUUGUCCCAACAUAAGAAGAUCCAUCACAAGAUAUGUCAUCAAGUUUGGAAACUCUUUGGUAUCCUGGAAAUCCAAGAAACAACAGACUGUUUCAAGAAGCUCAGCUGAAGAUGAGUACAGAAACAUGGCCUCAGCAGUCUCAGAAAUCACUUGGGUUCUAGGCUUGUUCAAAGAGCUAGGAAUAUCUAUCCAGUUGCCUAUUACUGUUUCAGUGACAGUAAAUCAACCAUCCAACUGGCAGCUAACCCAGUAUUUUAUGAAAAGACAAAACAUAUCGAGAUAA